AUGAAGGCCGAUUUAUUUUUCAAUGAGCUAAAGGAGAAAACCACAUUGUGCAAGCAUAGCGACGAAGUGGAGGUUCUGACCUUUGACUUCCAACAAAACCUUCCACUUCCAAAAAUUCCUACUGGAGAAGCUUUCUUCAAAUGCUCGUCGUGGACAUAUAACUUCUGCGUCCAUUUUGAGAGAGCAAUGCCAAGAAAACGCAAAGGGGCUGAUUUGAGCCGUAAUACAAGUAGGUCCAGAAGUAUGCGAGAUACAAGAUCCCAAAGAACCGAAGAACAAGUCCGGCAACAAAAUGCUGAUGCACGUGUGAGUCUUCAGCAAUUGCGUCAAGAACAAUCAGAGGAUAAACGAGCUGAGCGCAAUGAAGUUAUACGUGUAGAGCAACAAAAAUCACGCCGUUUUACGGUUAAUAGACGCAGAACAAAUGACCAACAACCCCAACAGGUACAUUGUGCAUUUACAUCUGAUUUAUUUUUGCGUCUAGCAUUCCAGUACGAGCCCGGUAUUAAAUAUUAUGCUCAUUCAAAAGUGGUAAUUGGUGCUAUGGAUAAGGAAUGUCUGCACUGUCAUGCUCUCAAAUUCAAAAAUGAGCCACCUGGGAUGUCUUGCGCUUCAGGAAAAGUGCAACUACCUGAAAUUGAAACACCACCUGAACCAUUGAAUGGUUUACUUAUCGGCACGGAUCCAGAUUCUAACGUAUUCCUGAAGUCAAUUCGAACAUUCAAUUCCUGCUUUCAAAUGACAUCGUUUGGAGCAACAGAAAUAGUUCGAAAUACUAAUGCUAAUGGUCUCACAAUACAAUUAUACAUUCAAAAUCAGAGGCCAAGUUUAUUAUAA